UUUCCAUCCACUUCAGGUUCCAAAAGCGAAGCUCCAACAGGCUGGAACCCCUGAUUAGGUAAACACUCCAUCUGUCGACAGGCCGCAGAACUUCUAUCGCAACUUUUGCCUCUGGCCAGUUCUGCUCUGAUUCCGCAUUUGGGAACCGACACUGCUGAAUCACCAUCUGCCCGCUAUUCGAUCGCUCUUUACUGUCCCUACGUCCCUAACUUCAUGCGGUGAGACAUCAGUUUUCUGCUUCUUUACCUUCUUUGGUCCGGCGCUAGCUCUUCCCGAAAUCUGGACGAUCACCACGUUUGCGAAGAACGCCGACCGCAAUACUAUCGAUAAACAUCCGCCUUCUGGCAACUCUUGCUCCGAUUCAACGAAAAGACACCGACCCAAAGUCGCCUCCACAAUGAGAUUGCGACAGCUUCUCAUCCCCUCCCUUGCGGCCACUGCCGUCAUCGCGCAGUCGACGACGGAGAGCAGCAAGCAACUCGAGAAGAAUGCGGCUAUCGAUUCCCUAGUCGACGUCCCACCAGUCGCUAAGAAGUAUGGCACUAAAGAUGCGCCUGUUGAUGGCAAGGAUGGGAAGCCGCACGCGGGCCCCUUUGUCGACUUCGAGUCUUCUGCUCCCGAAACCACCAAGGACUUGCCUGUUUUGAAAGACCGCCCAGAAGAUCCUACAAUUGUGGGCGGGAAGAAGAUACCCGAUACCAACGAUGGAGUCAUGGACGACCCCAAUCGACAGGGGCCCAAAGAAGGCACCACAGGUACAAGCGGCGGUGUAAGCGAGAAGACCAAGGAGAGGAUCCUGAAGGAGAACGAGACUGGCGAGAAGGUCGAAAACAAGCCUCAGGCCCCUAAGGAAGCUCCUCCUCUGCCGCACGCAGAGCAGAAGAAGGUGGACAAAGAAACGCAAGACAAACAUGGUGACAAGGCGGCAGACGAUAUCACGGGCUUCGAGAAGCCAGCAAAUCUCCCUGACAAGACACACGACAAAUCCCCCCCUCUACCUGACUCGGCGGGAAGAAUCGACCAUCUAGACGUCCCCAGUGGAGAGAAGACGGGAGCCAGUCUCGGUGAGUCCGGCAAGGGCACUGAAGGCGUCAUCACACCUUUCCACUCUUUCUUCCUUUCGUUCACCAUGAUUCUUUUUUCCGAGAUCGGUGACAAGACAUUCCUCGUUGCAGCCUUGAUGGCUAUGAAGCACGACCGCCUAGUUGUGUUUUCCGGCGCUUUUGCUGCCUUGAUCACCAUGACCAUCCUCUCAGCCGUCUUGGGACACGCUGUACCCACCCUUAUUCCCAAGAAGAUCACCAACUACCUGGCUGCCGCUUUGUUCCUUGUCUUUGGAGCUCGGUUGCUCCGUGAGGGUAUGGCCAUGAGUCCCGAUGAAGGCGUUUCCGCCGAGAUGCAGGAGGUCGAGCAGGAGCUUGAGGAGAAGGAACACCUUGCCCGUAAGCAGGGCCGCAGGAGGUCGAGCGUCUCCCCCUAUAGUCUGGAAAUGGGUCUUGGUAACCGCAAGUCUCGCUCCAAGUCCCGAUUCCCGACGCCGCCUCGCAGCCCCUCCAGCUCGCCCGAUGCACGAAACGCUUCGCCGCGUGGAAGAAACCUUACGGAAUGCCUCGCCGGUUUCAACAACCUUGUGUCUCUUCUGCUGAGCCCAGCCUGGGUCCAAACCUUCGUUAUGACCUUUUUGGGCGAGUGGGGUGACCGCAGUCAAAUUGCAACCAUUGCCAUGGCGGCUGGUCAGGACUAUUGGUGGGUCACGCUCGGAGCUGUUGUCGGCCACGGUAUUUGCACGAGUGUUGCCGUCAUCGGUGGAAAGGCUAUUGCAGGCAAGGUCAGCCUGAAAGUCAUCACCGUCGGUGGUGCUGUUGCCUUCCUCGUCUUCGGCGUCAUUUACCUGGUUGAGGGCUUUUAUUCGUAGACCAACAUGGCUUAUGACGUUCCCGCUUCGAAUGCGUCACUUGUCCCUUUCAGCAUCAUUACAUCAAACUUUCGCACCCGUUCCCUAGAGCUAUUGUUUGUAAUUGCUUCAGACGCCGCAUUGGACAUACACGGCAAGGUUUUCAGAGACUCUUCCUCUUUCUUUUUUUUCUUUCCCCUCGAGAAGGGUUUCUUUUGCUCUGCAACGCAGAGUCAUGCUGGGUCAACCGGAUAAGGCCAUAUGAACAAUAACCUACCCCUGUAUGCCUUGCCGGAACGAUGCGGUCGUGGCUGAUUUUUUUCAUUCUCCUUCCAACCUCAUUUUCUUUAAUCUUUUAACGUUCCCUUACGUGAAGUGUAGUAUCUCAAAGGCAUUGAUGGGAUGGGUGUUGAUAUGGUGGAUAAUGAUACAGGUUGGGGAUACGGACUUCACAUACGUACAGUAUGGGCUAUUGUAACGGUGGACACUAUCCAAAUUAAAUUAGUGUAAGAACAAUUAGAAAAUCGAAACGAAUAAUGACACCACUUAGGGUGAGAAGGGAGGAAAGGGCCAACUUUCAAUGUAAUCUAUUUGCGAC